AGCUUCCCGACUUCCCCCGCUUCUGAAAUCCUCACCACCACCUUGUCACUGUCACUUGGCACAUUUCAGCUGCACCUCAACGAGGGCUGAAGACCACAAAGCAAGAUUAUCCAGUCGUUUUCACUGAGUGUUCAAACUGCACUUCCUUUUAGUACUCACUUCACCCUCAAUUACCCCCGCAUCAAUCAUGACCCCUCCACCAAACCGCGCCCCCCUCACGACCAUCCUUUCCCUCCUCGCUCUCUUCACAAUAACCACUCCGACCCUCGCCUCUCAGAAGUCCCAGCACCCCCUAACCUCUUCCAACCCCAACUCCAACACCACCCCCAAGCCCGAUCUCGACUGGCACAACUCCCCCGGCCUCCCUUUCAUCAUCAACACCUGGGGCGGUGCCUUCACCUCCGCCACCGAUUCCGCCUUUUCCUACCUCACUUCCCCUCCACCCUCUGACUCCAAUCCUCGACUACACGCCCUCAACGCCAUCGUAACCGGCUGCUCCACCUGCGAGAGUCUCCAAUGCGACGGCACCGUCGGCUAUGGCGGCUCGCCCGACGAAAGCUGCGAGACGACGCUAGACGCGCUGAUAAUGGACGGCGACACGCUCGACUCGGGCGCCGUGGCCAAUCUACGGCGGGUACGAGACGCGAUUGCCGUUGCGAAGCGCGUGUUGCUGUAUACAAGACACUCGCUGUUGACGGGCGAUCAGGCGACGGGGUUUGCGAGGGAGAAUGGAUUUGCGGAAGAGGAUUUGGGGACGGGGGAGUCGAGGGGGUUGUGUGAAGAGUGGAGGAGGGAGGGGUGUAGGACGGGUUCGUAUAGGAGGAAUGUUGUUGUGGAUUCGGGGGAAGGGGAAGGAGGAGGAGGAGGAUGUGGGCCGUUUGUGCCUGUUCCGGAGAGGGAGUUGGGGAAUGCUGGGGGUCUUGGAGAGUCGAUGCGAUCGGGGGAGGAGAGGGGCGGGCAUGAUACUAUUUCCAUGAUUGCGAUUGGGAAGGAUGGAAGGAUGGCGGCUGGGUCAUCUACGAAUGGUGCAUCGCAUAAGGUGCCAGGGAGGGUUGGCGAUGGACCGAUUGUCGGUAGUGGUGCGUAUGUUGAUGGGGAGGUGGGCGGUUGCGGUGCGACGGGGGAUGGGGAUAUUAUGAUGCGCUUCCUGCCUUGCUAUCAAGCUGUAGAAAGCUUGAGAAGGGGCAUGACCCCGACAGAGGCGGCUGAAGAUGCGGUAAGAAGGAUGGUGAGGAAAUAUCCCAGUGUGCAAAGUGGACUUGUGGUGGUGGAUAAGGAUGGGAAUCAUGGGGCUGCGGCGUCCGGUUGGACGUUUACGUAUGCGUACCGAGGAGGGCAAAUGAGCGAGACGGUGGUUGUCACGGUGCUGCCGGUGGAAGGUGUCAUCGCAGUGUCCGCUGACUUGUGACCGACCAGAUGUCCAGUAAAAACCCGGAGUUAGCUCACCCAAAGAAAAAAAAAUUCCAUUUCAACCAAAACGUG